CCCGCAGGGCGCAUGCGCGCGGCGGGAGCGGCCGGGGCGCGGCGCCAUGUCGGGGCAGCUGCGGGCGUUUCGCCUGCGCGGGGUCGGCGGCGCGCAGAAGUUCGGGGUGGCGGCCGGGAGCCUGCGCGGGCUGCUGCGGAAGGGCUGCCGGCUGCUGCAGCUUCCCUUGGCAGGCAGCCGCCUCUGCCUCUACGAGGACGGGACGGAGCUGAGCGAGGGCUUCUUCCGCGCGCUGCCGCCGCAGACGGAGCUGGUGCUGCUGGGCCCGGGGGAGACGUGGCGCGGCUGUGAGUGCGGCGGCGCCGGGGAGCGGGGCGGGCGCGGCGGGGCGGGGCGGGGGCGCCGGGCCCCGCUGAGGCGCCGCUCGCCCCGCGCAGGCUUCGGCGACGUGGGGCGGCUGCUGGCGGCGGCCGGCGGCCAGCGGGACGCCGUGGUGGAGGCGGCGCGGAAGCUGCUCUCGGACGAGCUGGCGCCCCAGCGGCAGAAGCUGCUGGUGGAUCUGCUGCACAACCUGGACGAGAACAUCCUCGCGGAGCACAGGCAGGACGACCAGAAGUGGUUCGAAGGUCUAGAGUCUCGUUUUAAGAAUAAAUCAAGCUACAUGCGAUACAGUUGUGAAAGCAGAAUACGAAGCUACAUGAAAGAGGUUAGUGGUUUUAUUUCAAAUGUUCAUCCAACAGCAAGAGAUGCAUAUAAAAGGAUCAUUGACCUGAUGUUGGAAAAACUGAAAUCUGUGAAAUAUAACGGGUGCUACUUUGACAGAAGAGAGGAGGAGGAGGCAGCCCGCCUGUGCACUGUGGAGGGAUGGUUCUCUUGUCAAGGACCUUUCGACAGCGAUUACUGCCCCUGUAAGCAUUCCAUCAACCCCUACAGCAACAGGGAAAGCAGAAUCCUCUUCAGUACAUGGAAUCUCGACCACAUAAUAGAGAAGAAACGAACUGUUGUCCCAGAACUGGCAGAAGCUGUCAAAACACGGGAUGGAAGAGAAGUGAACUGGGAGUACUUCUAUCAACUGUUGUUUACCUUGGAUAAUCUAAAACUUGUACAUAUUGCUUGCCAUAAGAAAACCAAUCAUAAUCUCAGCUGUGACAAGACUAAGAUUUACAGGAAAAGGAAGCAAACCCACAAGAUUUCAUAGCGGUACACCUGAAAGUGACUUCUGUUUUUUUCCAAAAUCAUGUAACAUGACACCAUUUUUAAAUAGCUCUAGUUUCUGAAACAAAAACAUAUUUAGCAAGUCUCUUCUGCUAAGGACCCCAAAGUAAUCCAAAUGCAAUCUCACAAAGCAUACAUUCAGAUUAUGUCUAAAGCUACUUUCCCUCCUUCCUGCUUACUACAGGCCUUGCUUAGAUCAUGUUCCAUUAAGCGUGAUAAAGUACAGCUAUAAAUCAUACUAAAAAAUACAUUCCUUCAAACAUUAAGGCAAACAAAGCACACUUCAGGAUAAUUAUUUUGCUCUGUGCCUCUUGCGGGUAGACAAGCAUUGUAUUUCAAAUAUGCCAAAUGCUGAUUCAGCGACCGAGCCACUGGCUCUUCUGUAUAAAAAUACCUGCACUUACCCACGGCCUUUCCAUUUGCUAUUAUUUUAGAUGCACACCUUCUGGAAGGAGUAGCAAGGCCAUCUUUGCUUUUAAGAUGUUCUCUAUUUGUCCUCCUUCCCAUUGCUUUCCCUCUCCUUUCAGACAGUUUCUGCCUCUUUAGCUUGAGUUUGCUUGAAGCAAGACAUGCAGUGUUACUGGCUAAGCAUCACAUUUAUGUGCUGCUUUAGAAUAUUUAUUGCCUCUGUAACACACUCCCUACCUCUCAUGAAACAAAAUAUAUCAAUUUUUGUAUUAUGUAUUUUUUUUAAUAUCAGAUGAUAGCUACUGAACUCUCAGGGAUUGUCAGCAUUUGUAUUUUCUUAAUAAAAAAUAUCAUGGGUAUCUUCAUGUGUAUGUGAAGGUAGAGGUGUGCAAGUGGUUAAUAAAACAUCAGACUAAAAUAAUAAGACCGAAUCUAAAAUAAUGAGACUAAAAAGACUGAGCAGAGGGAAAGGUGUUUAUGAAUGAGGCACUAGAUACUUUGUAAUUAACAUACUUGGCUCAUUUGUAAGGAAACUUCCUUCAUGCAGUUGGUCCUCCUCCUUACCCACAUAAAUUCAGCCAGUCCAGCUAGAAUUGUAUUAAGAUCGUAUUUCACCUGUAAUUAAGAUAGAAAUGCACAACAUACUGCUUUGACAUUCCAGAAGCCGUAACAUCAAAGAUUCUGAUGACAAAUACUAUAUGAUCUGUAUGGCACACUUUCUACGCACUGAAAAAUCACCAUUUUGUACUGUGCUAAAACUAAGACGAAGAUCUACAUGUAAAGGCAUGUUUGCUAGCAAGAGGAGGUAGCAAAUAAACCUAAAUGAGAUUUGAGAAAAGCUGGAAGGACUGCUUCACAAUGGAGUUGUACUGAAAACCAUGAGAGCAAUUUUAAAUUAAAUCUUUGCGAAUUACUGAAUUAAAAUGAAAAGGAGCCAAGAAGUAUCAUGGGCAGAAACAACGUAUCAGCUGAAUCAGAAUGUGAAUGAAUUAACAUGUCAUGCAUAUACAAUUUGUUUGGCUAACAAUUUUAAUAUGAAUGCUUAGCAGGCUAUAGCUGUAGAAAUUAAUAUUUAUUUAAACCAUCUGCUGAUUAUAUUUGCUUUCUAGAAAUGUAGAGGAAAUUACUUAUAAAAAAAUAAAGUUGUGGAAGCUUAUUGCAUAAUCACACUUUCAAAGAAGUAUUACCAUAAACACUGGAUGAAUGAACAGUUCCUGAAAUCUC